GGGAUACCAACCUGCCCUGGUCUCUCAGUCUGCCGCACUCCUGAUUGUGUUGCGCAUUCACGCUUUUUUUGAAUUCGAAAUCAAGGUGCGCACCGCGAAAGUCUUAUUUUGCGUCGCACGGGAAGCCUCCUCGAUAUCUGUGACUGUUGAUUCCAUGUGACAAUUAGUGAAACAGACGUGCAUCAACAAGUGAGUCCCGACAAGGAACCAUUUGUUCUUGUAUUCGGAAUUUCUUUUCGUGUGACGUUGUUGUGCUUGAUCGAAGCCUAUUGAUUCGAUAUUGUUGAUACCCCUAAGAAGUGUCACCAAGGGGGGAUAUUCCAACGUGUCUAAUAUUGUUUUACUCCUGUCAAGGUGAUCAAAGAAGUGUUUUAUUCAUUCCAUGUAAUAAUGGACCAACCGAAUAAGUGAAGAACCAAGUAGUUUAUAAAUGUGUUUGGUGUUGAGACAAUGGCAACAGAUAUAUUGACUGGUGUCGAAGUACCGCAUCAAAUGGAGGACAAGAAGGAAAAAAGGGGCACGAAACGCAAAAGCCCGAACGGCGUCAAAAGCGGCAAAUCUUCCAAGAACGGGGAAGCGAACAACAACAUGAAAAAGCAGAAGUUUUCGGCUGACAGCAGGGACGACAUGUUGGCGGCUUAUCAGCCGUGGGUGAUACAGACAUACGGCGAUCUGGCCAAGACCAAGACCAUCACGCUGAAGAAAUACGCGAGGAUUUUGAGGACGUUGCGCGGCGAGGAAGUAGUGAGUGCGGAUAAUAGCAAGUUUCGGUUUUGGGUGAAAGCCAAGGGCUUUCACGUUGGCCGGCCUGCGGGUUAUGAUCCGAAACCUGCAGACUCGAUCGUGGGACGUUUUAGUGUUUGUGAUAUAGACGAGGGCAUUCCACCAAUCUCGGAUAAAAUGACGGGCUCGGCGAGGGAUCCACCGCUCUAUGUGCCCAAUGCCCCAUUCAAGAACUCUAUCGGGGAUCCUGUUUACCGAAAAGUUGCGGUGGUGGAGAACUUCUUCGAUAUCAUUUAUAACGUUCACGUGGAACUCGAAGGACGACCUGGAAAACAUGCCGGACAGAAGAGGACCUACAGAACGAUAACCGAGACGUAUGCAUUCCUGCCGCGAGAAGCUGUCACACGUUUCCUACUGGGAUGCACGGAAUGUCAGAAGCACCCUCGCUCGCCUUCCCCUUCAUCAGUUCUGCCAACCCCCAGCCCUAGCCCCACGCUACCUUUGGUACACUCCACGCCGCAACCUCUGACUAUCACAGCCCCUCCCAUAGUGGUAGUUCAUAAUACCCAAGGAUCAGAAUUGACAUAUCUGGAUCUGAGCAAAUCAUGUCGAACCUCGUCAAGUUUACUCGAGAAUUGUUCUUCGGACAAAAACCUGGAUAUAACGAAGAAAAAUCUUAGCCUAACCCAGGCGCCCCAAUAUGACGAGAGACAGGUUCAGCAUUUCACCGAAACGAAGAAAUCGAGUAACCCAUUAGACGUCUGCAAUCUCACCUCCAAAGAUCCCCCAAAAAGCCCACCGAAGUUGAAAGAGGUCAAAUCCGAGUGUACCAAGGCCAGUACUUCGCCUACUCCCAAACUCUGGUCUCCUUUACAAAGUGUCAAGAAAGAAAGGGAGAACUCUGACAAUCUGUUGAUGCCUGGAGAAAUCGACUACAGUAUGCCUAUAACGACAACUUACCUGAAAUACAUGAGAAGUUUGGGAUGCAGCGAUGAAGAUGCCUUGAAAUUUGAAAAGAGAAACGAAAAUCUACCCAAUCCGGAAUCAUUGGAGUCAAACGAAGAUGAUCAAUUCAUAGGAGGUGGCUCGAUGAAAGAUACGGACAAACUCAAGCUGAUGCUAUUGGCAUGGAACUACCACAAUCAAUCACAAGGAAAUAGGAACUGCAAUUCAGAUGUCGAUUUAUCAAGUGUAGCAGGAAAUGAAGAAAUGGCCGGGCUUUGGGCGCAAUAUCAAUCAGCAUUAGGAGGAUUCGCAAAGGGGAAAGCGACACCACCGAGUACAAGAGAUCAAUCUAGUCCAGUGAAUGCCGAAACAGGAUCAGCACAUGACGAAACUAGUUCUAGUGGUAAUAAGGAGGAUGAGGACGACGACGAUGAUGAGAGUGAUGACAAAAUCGACACACAAACUCAUGAUCCAGAAAGACUAAAAGCCUUUAAUAUGUUCGUCAGAUUAUUUGUAGAUGAAAACUUAGAUAGAAUGGUGCCAAUUAGUAAACAACCCAAAGAGAAGAUACAAGCUAUCAUCGACUCGUGUACGAGGCAGUUUCCAGAAUUCGCAGAAAGAGCAAGAAAGCGGAUUCGAACGUACCUUAAAUCCUGUAGGAGAAACAAAAGAGCCAGAGACCCAAAUUCGUCAUGGGAUGCGACUCGGCCUACACCUGCGCAUCUAACCUCAGUACAAGCAGAACAAAUUCUAGCCACAGCCUGUGAAAACGAAAGUCAUAAUGCUAAACGAAUGAGAUUAGGACUUGAGCCAGUGAGUCAACCAAUGCCAAUUGUACCUGGUACACAGCCCACAGAUACAACUGCACCCAUCAGUAGGGGUUUAGAUUUUUCUAGCAGUAACUCAGUAAAAAUGGACGUGGAACCUGUGAUGAAUGUAUUUCCUUCGUCUACAACGCCAUCUAGCACUUCAAAUGCCAUGAGUAAAAGUAUGUCCAUCACGUCGGAUAUAAAAACUUCUUUAAGUGCAUCGAAUGUGGCUGGUUUAGGUGCUAACAAUAUGAACGGCAUCGGCAUCUCUAGUACAGCCGGUUCCCUUCCCACCAACAUGUAUAGACCUAAUUUCACCCAAGCCUUCCAGAGGUCAGGACCUUAUCCGUUGUUUCCAGGAUCUUCAUCUUUCUCUUCAGGCGGUGCUAGUCUUCUUACCAAUGGUCCAACAGAUCUGAGCAUGAAACAAAAACCACUGAUCAAUCACAAACUGAGUACAGGAGAAAUGGCAGCUGUCAGGCAACUUAUUACUGGAUAUAGAGAAUCUGCAGCCUUCCUGUUGAGAUCUGCUGACGAAUUAGAACAGUUACUCGUGCAACAGCAGUAAUAUUUUUCUGAAGCCUUCGAAACAUUUCACUUUGUCCCAAAUUCAUACUCCACUUCCUAGUCACCCAGGUAACAAUGUCUGCUUUUCAGAUAUGCCUAUUACCUGACUAUAAAUCUAUAUGAAAAAUUCAGACAUGAUAAAAAACAUGAAAAUAUGUAUAUAUAUAUAUAUAUAUAUUUUAUGAAAAAUUUUCAAACUUUCAAUUGUUCUUUUCUUUCCGUAUUUUCCUAACUGCAAUGGAAUGAGUCUUCACUCUCUACAUUGGUCAUUUAUUUUUGAAGUUAAAACAUAUUAUGUCUUAUGAUAUGACAUCCAGAUAUUCAUACAGUCUAGUGUCAACCAUUGCAAGCUCUGACAAAAAAACAUCGCUACACUUUCUCUCCUGUCAUCAUAAUCUCCAAAAAAAAAUUAAAAUUACUGAAUCGCUGCGGACUUUAACGCCUGUUGAAGUGUAAAAACUACUUAUCACUUGUGACAUGUUCACAAUAACAAAAACAUAUUUCUGUCUAAUGUCUCGCAGUCUCGCGAUUGUUUUGAUGAUAAAUUUGAAGCUAAUAAACAUUGAUAAUUUACAUAUUUUAAAAUUCGAAAAUAAAGUGAGAAAUCUAGUAUCGUGUAUUUAACGACUAGUGAACUAAUAAAAGAGAAAUCAAGGACAGUCUUAGCAAUUGAAAGUUAGAAAGUAAUUUUUCCAACAAGUUUCAUUACUUAUAUAUUUAUUUAAAUUAUUAUAACAGUUCAACCGUACUCUCUACUCAAACUUUUUUAUGGGUGAACAGUGAAGUGUAUAGAAUUCUUCCAUUCAAAAUAAUGAGCUGUUAAACACUGAUUUGCUACAUUCAAAGUGAACUCAGUUCCGAACUGUUUAAUCUUCAUAUGGUCUGUUUUCCAAUGUCCCAUCACAAUCAGCACAAAGUGAAUGUGAGCACUCAGUCUUUUCAUUGAAUGAUAAAAAUUAUAAAGGACUCUUAUAUGAACAUUGUAAAUAGUAUAUAAUACUUGUAUAAUUAAAUUUUAAUUCCGGUUUCAAAAUUUUUAUUCUACUCAUUUCUAUGUACAAAAAUGUUUCCUAGAAAGGUGAAAAUAUCUAUUUAUUAAAGUUGAAUACAACUAUACAGGGGAAAUUAUUAUAUUUGAUAUAAAUGUUGAGAUUUUAUUGUAUGAAUUGUGUAGUACCAAAGAAAAUGUAAUAUAUAAUCUUUCUAGUUUCUCCCAUGAUUUGUAAUUAUAAAUAAAAUAGGUAUAUGAA